UCUAUUUGUAAUAAUCUUCGUUUACAUUUGGUAUUAUAAAGAUUUUUAUUUUUAUACUUAUAUUAGAGAAAAAAAAUUCAACAAAUGGAUCAUCCAAUCAAAUUGUACGUUUGGGCAUCAUUUUUUACAAUCAUCAACUCAUCUAUAAUGAGGUUACCGUGCCUAUCAUAUGCAAAUUUUAAUUUGAUACCGAACUAUUACUAUAUUGGAGAUAUUGAGUCAACAUAUAUUGCAAGCAGUAUUUUUGAUUGUGGCACCUACUGUGUUAGAAGCCCAUCUUGUGUAUUUGCCAACUAUAAUAAAGUUCAACACACUUGCGAGUUGAUGUCAUCUUUAGCGAACUCUUCAAAUAGUUCAACCAAUCAAGAAUGGCAAGUAUUGACAACUGAUUUAAUAAAUAGUACAAAUAUUGGACCCGUUUGUGAAAACAACACACCUUGUGACAAUCUUUAUUGUAGGGAUGUAUGCACAUCAGAUACUUUAGCCCACGCAUACCUUUGUUUAGCAACAAACGAUGUGUCAAGAAUUGGAACUCCUUCAUUAUCAACAACAUAUUCACCGUCAACUGCUGCAAGUAAUGCAAUCGAUGGUAAUGUAUUUAUUACCGCAGUAACUCAUUUUAGUGAUAAUAAUAAAUGGUUUAAACUUGAUCUAAAAUUCAUUUUCCGAAUAAAUCAAAUUAUUGUAUGGAAUUCGAGCACUCGUUCAAGUAGAAUGAAUGGUAAUAAGUUGUUUUUAGGAAUAACCGACAAAGCUACAGAUUAUUCUCAAAUUGCAGUUUUAAGCUCCAACUUGAAGCAAACCUUUUCGGGCUCAUUCAUUGCUAGAUAUAUAUUUAUUAAUAAUACUGUUGCAGACGCACUUCAGGUUGCAGAAAUUAACGUAUUUGUAUAAAUUACACUUUUUUUUAUCAUAAUCUUUGAAAAAAAUUU